ACCCCGUGGUUUCCAUGGACCUCUUGCGAGCUGUGCUGCAGCCCACUAUCAAUGAGGAAAUCCAGGCUGUCUUCAAUAAAUACAUGAAGUUCUUCCAAAAGGCUGCAGGUUUUGGAAACAUUAGAAACAAGGGAUAUUCACAAAAACUUGUUAUAUCUUAAACAGAAAUACUGGUUCAACUCGCCUAAGGCCCUUCGUAUGCUUUCUAACAGAAUAAAAAAGAAAAGAGGGUCUACCAUGAUUAAUAGUCUUAAGGCUAAAAAAGGAAAUGUGCAAACUACUACUAAGGAAAUCUUAAACAUCUUCACUGAUUUCUAUUCUAAUUUAUACUCCUCAAAGGCCCCGGAUGAGGUUAGAAUUACCAACUUUCUAGGAAAGAUUAGAAAUUUUACUAAAUUGACUAUGGCAGAUAGAGAAUUUCUAGAAAGACCAAUUGCCCAACAAGAAAUUUUAGAAGCUAUAAAAAAUGCCAAAAAUAAUAAAACGACAGGUCCAGAUGGGUUCCCUGUGGAAUUUUAUAAAAAAUAUGCAAAGUUACUAGCCAUUCAUCUAACAAAGACAUGCAACGCCAUAGUAACAUCAGGGAAAACACCACCUACUUGGGAAAUGGCUACGAUAAUAAUAAUUCUAAAGCACGGUAAAGAUCCAUUAAAUCCAGCUUCUUACAGGCCUAUCUCAAUACUUAAUCACGACUACAAACUCCUUACUGCAAUAAUGACAAAACGUCUUAAUACUUUUAUAGACAAAUAUAUCCACUCAGAUCAAGCAGGCUUCAUCCCAAAACGUGACAUAACUAAUAACAUUCAUAGAACUUUAAAUCUCCUGGCUCAUUGUAAACUCAAUAAAAUAGAAGCGGCCUUUCUGUCCUUAGAUGUGGAAAAGGCCUUUGAUUCGGUUGAAAUCAAAUACCUAAUUAAAACUAUGCAAAUGAUGAACUUUGGCAAUAACUUUCUAUCUAUAAUCAACCAAAAGCAAAUAUCAAGGUAAAUGGGCAGUUAUCAAAGUCAAUCAACAUUGGACGUGGUACUAGGCAGGGAUGCCCGUUGUCACCUAUACUGUUUGCCAUCACCCUUGAGCCACUAGCGAUAGCGAUUAGAGAAAAUGACUCCAUAAAUGGUAUAGAUAUAGGGACAUCCAAGUAUAAAAUCAGCUUAUUCGCUGACGAUAUGUUGCUCUAUCUGAAAAACCCCAAUCAGUCUUUAAAGCAUUUACAUCACCUUUUAGAAAUCUUUGGUAGAAUUUCAGGACUGAUAGUAAAUCAAGGAAAAUCCCAAAUUUUGUCAGUGAAUUUGCCUAGUCACAGCAUAACUCAGAUAAAAAAACUCAUACAACUUCCAGUGGACUAAUAAACAGUUAACUUAUCUAGGUAUUAAAAUAUCAGUGGAUGUUAAUGAUCUUAUUAAAGUUAAUCAUGAUAAAAUAAUUUCAGACAUAAAAUCAGAUAUGCAAAAUAAGAAAAAACUGAACCUUUCUUGGUGGGAUAGAUUCCACAUAAUUAAAUCCUUCUAUGUACCAAAAUUUCUAUUCCUGUUUAGAUCUAUUCCGGUGAAAAUAUCAACAACCCAAUUGAAAAAAUGGCAAUCAAUUCUGAAUAGAUUUUUGUGGCAAGACAAACCUCCACGGGUCUCUUUUAAUAUCCUCUCGUUGAAACAUUCAAAAGGAGGUUUAAACUUUCCUGACUUGGCAAUUUACCAAAAAGCAGUUAGUCUGUUUAACAUUCUACAACUCUUAUCAGCGCCUGAACUCUCUAGUUGGAAUAUACCAUUGUGUUCACUCCCAAAAUCAUUCUCACUUGGUGACUUGAUUUGGAAUCAAAGAAAGGAUCGCCCUCCAUUACAUAAUAACAUAUUUCUGUCAGCAAUACUAUCAGAAUGGGAUUUAAUAAGAGAUAAAAUAAUUCCUAAGAUUUCAAGAUUCUCCUCUUUUCACAAUCAAACAUGGUUUCCACCAGGAAAAAAACAGUAAUUAUAACUUGGUCCUCAAAGACAUGCAACUCAAUAGGCUUAUAGACAUAGCUUCUGGGAAAGAUAUUAUGUCAAAACAAGAACUGGAAAAUAAAACGCAAAAGAAAAUUCAUUGGUAUGUUUACAUGCAGAUUAAAAACAUGACAGAGUAUAAAUCUAAAAUUAUGAGUACCCCUUUGACUGAUUUUGAACAAAUUUUAAACUAUACACAGAGGGAGAAAAAGGGGAUGGUAUCUAAAAUAUAUGCUAUUCUGCUCUCUUGUUUAAAAAGUACUGAUUUACCUUGCCAAUCCAAAUGGCAUCAGGAUUGCAAUACUGAAAAAACACAGGAAAAAUGGGAGGAAAUCUGGUCAUCUUCAAUAUUUACAUCAAAAGUAAUUUCUAUAAGACUCCAAACGUUUAAAAUUAUUCACAGGUGGCACUUGACGCCUAAAAGAUUGUCUACAAUAUCAUCCUCUUGCUCUCCCCUGUGUUGGAAGAGUUGCAAUGAGGUAGGAUCCUUCUCUCAUUGUUGGUGGGGUUGUCCAUUGAUAGCCACAUUUUGGAAAGAAAUAUUGGAAGUAAUAAAACAGAUUACGAGUUACGAUAUUCCAUUAUCGCCUUCAAUUAUAUUUCUAGACCAAUGGAAUAUUCCGCAGAUCCCAAAAGCUAUCAGGAAUCUUAUAGCAAUUUUGUUAGUUGCAGCGAAAUCAGCGACAGCUUCAGUCUGGAAACUGAAGAAAGUGCCAACUAAAGAGAUGUGGCUCUCUAAGACAUGGGACCGUUUCAUCCUGGAUAAAAUUAAUGAUAAUAUUCUCAAUGCUGAACGCUUUCCUGCCAGGUCUAAUUUCUAUGACAAAUGGUUCCCUUUUCUUGAAUUUAUAGACAUGCACGAUUUACAUCCCAAAAUAAGAAUUGCUCAGACGUUGACUCAGUUUUCUGAUAUUUGGUAAUAUUAUGUAUGCUUUGUUUAAGUUAUUGUAAUGUUCAUAUUCUUCAAAACUUGUGAACUAUUAUUCAUUAGUUGUUGUGUUACAGUUGCUGUUCAUCGUUGAUUUCUAUUUGUUGUAUGUUAUAAAGCUUAAUUAAAAAAAAAAAAAAGAACUGAAGACAGGUGUGUGCAGCGGGGCAGGUGAAUUUGCAGCCCUGAACAUUCCCUGCUGGUCCUUCCUGCGUGCAGCUGGGCAGUGCAUGAGGAGAGGGAGAGGCCAAAGGAAAUAGGCCAUUUUGAAGCUCUGUCAGCUUGUAUCGUUCCAACUCCAAGAAUACCGUUUCUG